AUGAUCGCCUCCGUUAACUUGUUCACUGGGGCCAUCCUUCUUGCGCUGACUGCUUGCAGUGCAGCUAUCUAUCGGGAGAAACGAGCAACAUAUUACUGCUCAAACAACGGAAUGACAGACGCCAUCCGAGAUCAAAUCCUCAACUAUCACAAUGCGGCUCGUCUGAGAGUGGCUAGAGGAGUGGAACCAAACAAUGUCGGAUAUCUGAAUCCAGCGAAAAAUAUGUAUAGAUUGGAUUGGGACUGUGACAUGGAGCGGCAAGCACAAGCCGCCAUUGCUUCUUGCCCAAGCACCCUGGAAACUUGGUCCAAUAUGGCACAGAAUCUCCAGUGGUACACCAGCAGUGGUUCGUUUUCCGAUCCAGCCACACAAAUAAAUUCUGCGCUGAAUACGUGGUGGGGAGCAGCGAGGCAGUACGGGGUCACCGAUUCGAAGAACAGAUACAGGAAUAGUAAUCUCUAUAGCUUUGCCAAUAUGGUUUUCCCUGAAACAACAAAAAUUGGUUGCGCCUACAGGAUUUGUCCCGGUGCCACAAAUACCAUGACCAUCACCUGCCUAUACAAUGGAAUUGGCUAUUUUACAAAUCAAGUGAUGUGGGAAACCGGAUCAGCCUGUGUAACUGGUGCAGAUUGUACCACAUAUCCCUAUUCCGGUUGUUCUGGUGGUCUCUGUAUCAAAGGACCGGAUGUACAAGUAGAAGCAAGUGCCAUAAGGAACGCUAACAAAUGUGUCUACGCGCAUUCCACCGAUGCGGAACGACCAAAUCUCGGAGAAAAUAUUUGGUUCACCACUGCGCAAAAUUUUGACAAAGUCAAAGCUGCCACCCAGGCUUCGCAAUAUUGGUGGGACGAACUGGAAGAAUAUGGAAUAGGUCCGUCAAAUAACCUUACUCUCGCGAUUUGGAACAGGCCUAAUGACGUCGGUCACUACACCCAGAUGGCUUGGGAUACUAGCUACAGGCUUGGAUGUGCUGUAACAUCCUGUUCCGGCUUUACCUAUGUCGUCUGUCAGUAUGGACCAGGGGGUAAUUACUUCAACAACCUAAUCUACACAAUCGGCAACCCAUGCACUGGAUGUGGAUCGUAUACAUGCAGUACAACCGAAGGAUUAUGCAAUGUUGUUUGA